GGGUCCUGUCUGCUCGACAGUCCCCGUCUGCAACUCCUAGGGCGGCUCCCAGCCUGCGGAGAGCAUGGGGCGGCUGCUGGCCCCUAGCAUCAUCUGCUUCUUCGUCUUCUUCGUCCCCUUGAUAGCAGCUGGUCUCGGGGUUCAGCAGCUGCCCCCUAUGGCGAGUGUCCUGGCCGGGGGCAGCGUCACCCUGAGCUGCACCUUCCGCAGCCGCAACCAGACCGGGACACAAGUCACCUGAGCCAGGGGCUCCUGGGAGGCCAUCGUGCUGGACCCCGCCCACCCCUUCUACCAGGGGCGGCUGGCCGAGAGCCGGCGGGACUAGCAGGGCCGGGCGGAGGCCACGGUGACUCUGUCGGAGCUGAUGGAGAGGGACUCAGAUCUCUACCACUGCUACAUCACCCACCUGCAGGGCGAGCAGGCGAAGGGCAUGGGGACCAUCCUGACUGUGAUUGGCAGAGCUGUAGCAGAAAUUCCAGCCAGCUGCAAGAGAGCGCUGGUCCCAAAUGUCGGAGCAUCUGCCCAGAAACCAGCUGGUCUGGGAGUUUCCCAGGAGCCCAGGUCCCUCCACGUGGCAGCCAGGGAGAAUAUGACCCUGAGCUGCACCUUCCAGAACAGAGACGGCAAGAGAACCAAGGUGCUUUGGCUCAGGGGAUCCGGAGAGGAUCUGGAGCUGGAUUCUAACCACCCCUUCUACCGGAGGCGGCUCCAUGUGUCCAGGAUGGACGAGCACAGACAGGGGAAGGCGACGCUGACCCUGGCUGAGCUGCAGGAGCGGGACUCUGGCCUCUAUCACUGCUGCAUCAAACUCGACCGUGGGGAGACAGGGAUGGGAGGAGGCACCGAGCUGAGAGUGAUGCGGAGAAACCAGAGUGAGACUGCUCUCACAGUGCUUCAGAGCCCUGCUGUCCUCCGAGCAUCCCCCGGCGAGACCAUGAACAUCAGCUGCUCCUUCAAGUACAAACAGGGCAGCGUGGUCAAAGCGACGUGGACUAGAGCACCUGGGGUUUUACUGGAAUCUGACCAUCCCUUCUACAGAGGACGGCUCAUUAUGUCCGACCUGGAUCUGCUCCGGAAAGGGGAGGCCACGCUGACUCUAUCGGACCUGGAGCAGCGGGACUCUGGUCGCUAUCGGUGUCAGAUCAGCAUCCGCCAGGGAGAGAGUGGGACAGGAGUGGGCACCGACCUGCAGGUGACGGAGAGAAACCAGAGUGAUACAGAUCACGAAGGUCUCACAGUGCUUCAGAGCCCCGCUGUUCUCCAAGCAUCCCCUGGCGAGACCGUGAACCUCAGCUGCUCCUUCGAGAACAGACUGGGCAGCAUGGCCAAAGCGACGUGGACUAGAGCACCCAGAGUUGAGCUGGAUUCUGACCAUCCCUUCUAUAAGGGGCGGCUCAAUGUGUCCCACCUGGGUUUGCUCCAGAAAGGGGAGGCUACACUGAUCCUGUCGGAGCUGGAGCAGCGGGACUCUGGUCUCUAUUGGUGUCAGAUCAGCAUCCACCUGGGAGACAGUGGGACAGGAGCAGGCACCGAGCUGCGGGUGAUGGGGAGAAACCAUAGUGACACAGGUAAAGAACCUUCCCCCGUACGGUGCUUCGCCCGGGAGCUCCUGUACCAGGUCGCCAUCGCCCUGGGUCUCCUUCUCAUCAUCGGCCUGGUGGCCACCCUCCUCCUGAAGAAAUGCCAAGCAACACCCCCCUCGCAGCCCCGCCAGCGGCAGCCGAAGGGCCAUGGCAGCCAGGGGGUCGAGGGGAGCAAGAGCCUGCACUACGCAGAGAUUAAAAUCCAGACUCCAGGAUGCAGGGAACACACCUCCAACCACACCGAGCAGCGCUGAGUCCCUCCACACUUAGCACCACCUGAGUCCAUCACACUCAGAGCCACGCUGCCACGAGGGAAUUCCCCACAGGGGGAGACCCUCACAGGGAUUGAGGGACAGCAGAAGAAAAUUAUGGGCGUGAAAGUCCCUGUGAACCCCAACAAAACCCAACUAGCCCUCUCUACGGCAGGGCAUAAUCUACUAGGGCAUGGUCUUACCCUCAGGAAAUGCCUUCUCCGGGGCCUCCUGAGAUAUAACUAUAUCACGUCCCUGUGUGUUAUUUCCCUGUCCUCUCUGGAGUGAUUGCAACACCUCCCUGUGGAGCGUGACCAGCUGGGGGUAAUUAACGCAGCGUCUGGUC